GGUGAGUUAAUUGUACGAGUGAGUAAUGUGACUGAAUUGAAGAAUCAGCGAGUUGAGUCAGCGUUUCGUGCAACGCGAAUCAAAAUGUGGCGCAUAACGGAGCAUCAGAAUGAAAUUAAUAACAAUCGAUUCUUAUUUCAAUUCGAAUAUUUGAUAGCGAAAGAUACUUUCGAAUGGAUUACUUUCAUCACAAAUCAGAGUGCUCAUUCAAUGAAUAAAUCAACAUCGAACGGUAAUAUUGACCAAAUGGAUGUGAGCUUGAAUGCGAAUAAAAUGUUGAGUAAUGCAAAAGAUUCAAUCAGCAAUCAGAGUGCAUCGAAUUCAUACGAAUCGUUGACGGAUUUAUUCAAUACGAUUUCGAAUGAAUUGCCUGCGCAUGAAAAUCGAGUAUUCAAUAUAACGGAUGAUGAUCUGUGA